AUGCCUCCGAUCAAUGGCAGAAGCUUUUCUACUGUUUCUAGGCACAGGACCGACUCCCGGCCAAGCACGCACCGCCGGCGGGAGUCUCGCACACCUCCAAGCUCCCGGACGACGUCUAACUGUUGCUUCAAUUGUGGUGGCGCUGGUCAUUUUGCUCGCCAAUGUCCAUCACCCUCUUCGUCCGGCCCGAAGCCGUCAGGUACGCCGUUUCGACAACGCUCUCGUGUUUCUGGCGAUCCUACACCUUCUCAUGUAAGAGAUUUGUCCCCUCGACACUCGCGAUUUCGUGACGAUUUCGAAGACGCCCGCAACCAAAUUAACGCUCUCUCUGUCUCCUUACGUGAGAAACAGGACGCGCUCGACAAUUCCAAUGCCCGAGUGGCAGCUCUUUUGAAACGUAACGAUGAGCUCUCUCGUUCAGUCUUCACUAGGGCCUCUCCUCCUUCACCUGCCCCCGCUUCCUGCUUCGUGGGGGUUAAUUCACUAAUGUUGUGUUUAUUGGCUUGCGCCCUCCUUCCCACAGGGCUCUGCCAGCCGGCAUGGUUCUGCCCGCAGGACUCUCAUGAGUAUCCAAUCCGCAUUCCUCUUACCUAUAAUUGUUCUCGUUUGAUCCCAGAUAUUUCUUCCCCUCCGCGUAACCUUUCUGUUCAUCUCUACCGCCCUAAUAGCAAACGUUAUGACACACCAGCAUCACUUUGCAAAAUCGUCGAACAGACCGUGACUUAUUCGGUCGGUUUCUUCGGGGCUCGCUAUGAAAACCAUUCCGAACACCAUAAGGCCGUUCCCAUUGAACAUUGUCGUCUUAUGGCACAGCAUAACCAGUGUGAGUAUGGCGCACUCACCAAGGUGGGGAGUGUCUUCAGAACUUCACAUCCUCUCACAAUUCCUUGGCCCUCUGCCCCUUUUGGCUGCUGCGUGACUCACUCACUUACUGUUACUAAUUGCUUCCUUAUCCCCACGCAUAUCCACGUGCGUUACGGGGCAUCUUUCCCCGAUUCGGCGGUCACAGCCUUCCUCGACGUCUCCACCUUCUUACUCUCUAGCACCGCGGAUCCCGUUCCAUGCACUACCGGUCGCUCGUUCCUUAUCCCCUUCUCAAACGGCACGGUCCGGUUCGACCCCCUAUCUGGCUCUCAGGUUCCAGCUUUCAGCUCGGACAUCCCCGUACUUGGCGAUCCUUUCAAGGUAGACCUCAUGGUACCCUCCGUCCCGCUAACAAUCUUCCAUAAUUUGGUGUUAACGAACGUUAGCGAACUCUUACCGGAUCAGCAACUUACUGAACUCUGGCAGACACGUCAGUAUGAGCGCAUACUAUCCCCAUUGGACUCGCAGAGUCCCAUCCAGAAUUCUCAAGUUGAUUACUCGGCGACUCCGGCGCUCCCCUCUUUGUGGAAUUUUUUCCCACUCACGCCGUUCGACAUCUGGGUAGCCGGCUGUUGUUCCUAUGUGUCUUUCUUAAUGAUUAAGGCAAUUAUACGACUGUACCUGAAGCUGAACUAUCCCCAUCUUCUUCAAAGCCAGCCCUCCGCCCCCACUCAAGCCGCGAUCAGGGCGACGGGUUCUCCCGAAACCCCGUCCCCCUCUACUGGCCUUCAGUUCACGAGG